AUCUUUCAAUUUUCUCCCUUGUUAUAAAAAAGUCCCUCUUUUUGCCCCCUUCUCUCAACUGUCUCUCCGUGUUCAACUCGCGUGCCCGAGCAGUCAGCCAGAGAGAGAGAGAGAGAGGGUCCCUUUUUCUUUUAUCUUUCUUCGAUUUUGUAUUCAAUCUAAUAAACUUGCUGGGUCUAAAGCCACCAAUUUGAAGUCCCAAAGCCCUUUCAUUUCUUCUUCAUCGUCAUCGUUUUAUUUUUCUAAUCGGAUCUCAAUCUCCAUAUCGUUGUUUGAUCCUUUGAAUAUCGCUGUUUUUUCCGGUUGUUGGGUUUUUUUUUCUCUUGAGGUUUACGUCGUUCAGGAAGCGGGAUUGGGCGAGACUCUAUUGAGGAUUUUGCGGUGAUGAAUGAUGUUGACCUCAUUGGUUUGGUCGUGAAGUAGUAUGGAAGUGGUUGUUGCACACCAAAACGAUGACGCUUUACAUUGGUCGCGAGGCUUCCAAGCUAUGGAAAAGAGUUUGCGCAGAGACGUCGACAGAGAUCAAUCUUCUUUUAGAGAACUGGAAAUACCUUCUCGCCGGUCUCCUUUUUCAGGAAUCGAUUUGGUCAUGUUGUUGGGUUUCUUUCAGAUAUGUUUGCUCCGAUUCAUUUUUGGGGAAGUUUAAACUUGCGUUUUGUGUCUAUUUCUUUGUUUGUGAACGAAGGAGAAGUUCUUUGCAAUCUAGCAUAAUUUUCAUUCAACAAGAUCCGUGAAGCCCCUUUUAAAUGUUUUUAGUUAUUAUUAUUAUUAUUAUUACUACUACUACUGUUUGCUUUUGACUUUUCAUCGGUUCUUAGCUAGGAUGUUUGAAUACGGUAGUCUUGUUGCCAUGUCUUCCUUCUUACAGCUAAGUUCUUCAUCAUAGCAUCCCAUUGUGUUUUUGGAUGUUAUUAGAAGUACAGAUACUGCAUUUAUAUACUUAUAAAUAAAAAAGGUAAAUAAAAAAGGAUCCUACCUUUAUACGGUUGAAAUUUUCUCUCAAGUUCGUGUUUGCUGCGAUUAAUUUUUUGCCGUCUUCUUUUCUUACAUAUGUCUAAGAAAUCACAAGCAUACUUCUGUCUACAGUAUGUACAUGGUCUGGCUGCCCGAGGAGUUCAUUAUCUUCAUCAACCCGGGCCAUUACUUCAGGAUGUUGGGUUCUUUCUUCUUUCGGAGCUUGGGCAAGACAAAGCAUACAUCAGUGAGACUCUGUUCACCGUCAUUUUUAUAUCUUUUAUCUUGUGGAGCUUUCAUCCAUUCAUCUUGAAGGGCAAAAAGAUCUACACAGUUUUAGUUUGGUGCAGGGUUCUAGCAUUCUUAGUUGCUUCUCAAAUUCUGCGGAUCAUCACAUUCUAUUCUACCCAGCUUCCUGGUCCAAACUAUCAUUGUCGUGAGGGUUCAAAACUUGCUAGGCUGCCUCAUCCUGAUGGAGUACUUGAAGUCCUCUUGAUUAACUUUCCUCGGGGCAUAGUUUACGGUUGUGGCGAUUUGAUUUUUUCAUCGCACAUGAUUUUUACUCUAGUCUUUGUGCGAACAUACCAGAAAUAUGGCAUGCGAAGGUGGAUAAAACAGUUUAUUUGGUUUCUUGCUGUGGUCCAGAGUUUUUUGAUUGUAGCAUCCCGCAAACAUUACACGGUUGAUGUUGUUGUUGCAUGGUAUACUGUUAAUUUGGUGGUGUUCUUUAUAGACAAGAAAUUGCCAGAAAUGCCUGAUCGUACUGGAGCAACAUCAUUAUUGUUACCCCUGAACAUCAAGGACAAGGAUAGCAGGACCAAAGAAGAUAAUCAUAAGCUCUUGAAUGGAAACUCAGGAGACCCUGCAGAUAGGAGGUUGAGAACUCAACUCAAUGGCAAGACUUUGGAAGAUGGAAACACGGGCCAUCUUGACGCUGCAAUGAAUGGAAGUGUAUAGAUAGUAGAGAAGCUGAAGCUGAAGCUGCUGCAAGGACAGGAGCUACUACUACAAGGACUGCUGGUUAGAUUAUCAUGCUCUGUAAGGAGCCUAGUUGAUCGUCUGGUGGGCUGUAAUUCCAAUGUUACUGGUAACUAAAUUUCUAUUCCAGCGGAAACGGGAUUUGGCUUGUGGUUUUUGCUUCCAUUUAUGUUCUAGUUAACAUAAUUUAAUAUCAGCAUCGGCUUGUACCUUUUGAAUUUUCCAUGUGUCUUGUAGUUCGAUUAUAUUUCUACCA